UUCCCUUCCGCCUCUUUCUUCCUCUGGUCUCACCCAAAACCCAAAACUUCGAGCUUCCUCUCUUCAAGUUUCUUUUUUCUUCUUCAAUAUUAGGAACAUGGAUCAAAAUGUUUCAGAUUCAUCUUCAGAUGCUGCAAAUGAGGAAUUUUGGGAUCUUGCCAAUUCAUCAUCAGAUGAAGAAUUGAUGAAUCUGCAGAUUACUGCUCUACAAGAGAUGGGAAGAAGAAGACGCCGGGGCUCAAUUCCUGGUCGCAUAUAUAAACAUAGACAACGAUUGCAAGGCCACGAAACACUCUAUAAUGAUUAUUUUGCUGCAAAUCCUGUUCAUGAAGAAGUUGUAUUUCGGAGAAGAUAAUUGAGGGUGUACAACAAUGAGAGGUGAAGGAGCUAUUGCAAUAUUGGACGCUGCCGCUGGAGGUUGGUUAGAUAGAAACAGGCUUGUGGUGGUCUUAAGGGAGAGGAUUCAAAUUUCUUGGAGGAUGAAAGCACAAAGAUAUUUGCACGUAAAGUGGUCGAUCAUUAUAGUGCAAGGACAAAUCAAACUCUGGAAGAACGAGAAGCUAGUCCGAUCAUCCAUUUAAAAAAGCUUAACAACUGGGUUGGUCUUUUAAUCCUCUGUGUACUUGAAUGGUAUGAUCACACUCUAUACUUUUGUUGUUGAUAUGGUUCCUUCUCUUAUCGAACAGAUUAAGAGUGUACUAAUUCAGCUCUAUGCUCGCCGAGGAGAUGCUUUGAUGUAUAUAUACUCAUCAAUGUCACCUUUAAUCCUCACACACACUCACAGACCCAAAACCAGUACCAUUGUCCUUCAGCUUCCACCAUUUAUACCUUUCCCUAAUCUUUAGUUGUUUCUUCUAGCAGCUGGCAUCUUGAUCAGAUUUCUUUUUCGUUGCUAGGUUUAAGUACCUUCUUUAGGUCUUAUAAUUUGGGCAUUGUGGUCGGAAUGGUGAAGAAAAUGUGGGUGGUUUGUGUGGUGGUUUUGGUCUUGAACUUUGGGGAUCCUUUGGUUGAUAAUGGCAAAAUAAACCAGCUUCAGUCCUUGGCAAGAGCUGAUUACUUGCCUUAUGGGAUCGACUUCGGAGGACCAACUGGAAGAUUUUCCAAUGGGAAAACUGUUGUUGAUGCUGUUGUUUUCACAGGUUUCCAGUUUUUUCACACAAGACUCAGAGCAUGAAAAUGCUGAUGAGGUCUGUCAAGUGGCUAACAAAAGGCCACCAAGAGGUCCCGGCUUCAACGUGGAGGAGGAUAAACUUCUUAUAAGUGCUUGGUUGAAUACUAGUAUGGAUUCAAUACAAGGCAAUGAUCAAAAGCUGCAUACUUUUUGGGGGGAAAUUACAGAGUACUAUCAUCAAUACAAGUCCUUUGACAGUGAUCGUUCACAACCGAUGUUGACACAACGGUGGGGAAAAAUACAAAAGGUGGUGAACAAAUUUUCAGGAUGUUUUGCAGCUAUAAAUGAAAGACAUGAAAGUGGGAAGACUGAACAAGACAAGAUUGCAGAUGCAAAGAAGAUGUUUGAAGCACAAGAAAAGAUUCGGUUCAAUCUUGAUCAUGCUUGGAUUUUGUUAAGGCACCAACCAAAGUGGAUACAACUGAUGCAAGAGCUGGACAUCAAGAAAAGUAAGCCAAGAUCUAAAUCUUCUAUAACUAAUAUCUCAUCAUCUUCAACUACAAGCACUCACAUAGAUAUAGAAGAAGGCACGAACACUUGCUUUCCAAUGUCUAGACCACCGGGUAAGAAGGCUGAGAAAAGAAAGCUGAAAGAAACCACUGAUCAAUUGGUGCAAAUACAAAAAUUACAUCAAGAGAAAAAAGAAAGAGAUGAAAAAAAACUGGAGAUUAUGAAGGAGAAAGUUGAAGUUGACAAGGAGAAACUGCGAGUUAGGAAACUUGAGGCUGAGAAUAGGAAAUUUGAGGCUGAGAUGAAAAUUAUGUCUAUGGAUACAUCAACUAUGAAUCCUGAGCAGAGGGCAUAUUAUUCCAAACUUCAGAUGAAAAUUCUCCAAGGUGAUAUAUGAAGUGUGAGGUUGUUGGUUUCCAUUUUAGUUUGUAUCAGUUUGAGCAACUUCCAGUGAUCAUGUAUUUGACUGCUUGCAAACUCUUUCAAGUUGUCAUUGUUUCCUGCUAUUUGACUGCACGUUUUCCAGUUUGUGUUUCUGUUUUCAAUCCAUUUCAGUUUGUAUCAUGAUGUUGGUUUCAUGUGAUGUUGCAUUUGAGUGCUAUCAAAAUCAAGCUGAUUCUGUUUGCUGCUA